CAUACAUGUCACUAUAAGUAUUACAUUCUUUUAUUAGCAUUUAGUUGGAGAGAACAUUUCCUAAAGAUACUACACCCUCCAUUCUUUGAUUAUAACAAUGGAUUGCUUGAAAAUAGAGAUUAUAGCGACGCUUUUGUGCGUGGCUAUGUAUGCGUCGAGUGCAGACCAACAAAAUUCCAGUAACUUUCUCACUAACUAUGCCAGACACCAAAACAUCUGCGAUAAGAUUGGAUGGGAACCAAAAUGUGAAAAAGGUGCCACUAGAAAAGAAGACUGCCAAGGAAAAGCCAUCGUAUUUCAUGCACUUUUGGCUAAAAGACUUAAAAAUGUGCCCAAAGACACCAUCAUCAAGUUUGAAAACGUUGAGAUCAACCAAGGAAAUGGAUAUAACCCGGCCACCGGUAAAUUUACAGCUCCUGUAGAUGGCCUCUAUUCGUUUUUAUGGACCUACCAUAUACCAAAAUCCGAAGUGUACCUUUAUGGAUAUGUGAAUGGAAAAAUAAGAGCAAGCAUAGGAAGUAUGCCAUCAAAUUGGCAGAAUACGUCGGGACAUUUUAUAGGAAAACUGAAGAAGGGGGACCAAUUCUGGAUUGCAAGUUUCCAUGGCACCGCUCCUUUAAUACACGAGAAUUAUACAUAUUUGUCAGGGUACAAAAUUAAUGGUUGCUAAGACAAGAAUCUGUCAAUAAAAUAUGAAUUGCAAGUUUCAAUUGGGUUAUGUAUUUUUCUGCAAUGUCGCCUGUCCCAAGAUAUUUAUGCAGCACAUUUGGACGAUUUUUAAUAAAAA